AUGGCCUCCCAGCAAUCGCCGCCGCCGCCGCCGCCGCCGCCUGCCGCCACCACCGUAAUGGAUCUCGGAAACGAUCUCCUCCGCGAGAUCUUUCUCCGCCUCCCCUCCCUGCCGAGCCUCGUACGUGCUGCCCUCAGCUGCCGUACCUUCCUCCACGCCGUCCGCUCGUCCCCAGCCUUCCGCCGCUCCUUCAGCGCCGCCCGCCCACCCCCUCUCCUCGGCCUCUUCUUCGACCCCGACGGCCCCGCCAUCCCAACCUUCGCCCCCCUCCGCCGCCGCUACGACUCCGACCACACAGCUGCGGUCCGCGGCGCCGAUUUCUUCCUCACCUGCCUCCCCGACGAAGAUGACGCUUCUCCUGGGUGGGUCGUAAGAGACUGCCGCGACGGCUACGUGCUCCUCCACAACUUCAGCUCGGAGCAAUUCGCCGUCUACAACCCUCUCAACCGGGCCCUGGAUCUCAUCCCCCAUCCGCCCAACCAGCUCUUCGACGACAGCCACGGCGACGCCACCUACCUUGAAUGCUACAUCCUCUCCUCCAAAGAGGGCGACGGGACGUUCCGCGUCGUCGCUGCUUGCCACGACGAGUCGCGGGCGCGCGCCGCCGUGUUCUCGCCAGGAAGCAGGGAGUGGCAGAUCUUCCCGUGGUCGGAGCCUGUGACGCCACAUCCCGAGGACAAGUACUGGCUUAAAACUGCCACGAUGGUGAAUGGGUUCAUCUACUGGAUACACACAAAUGCUGCCUACAUGCUCGUUCUCAACACUGCAACACUACAAUUCUUUCAGAUGGAUCUGCCGCCAUGCUUGGAAGGGCAAGAUUACCUAUUCCAGGUUGGGGAGGCAAAGGAUGGGAAGCUUUGUCUCGUUUGCCCAAUUGACUUUGAUCUCCGUGUCUGGUUCUGGAGAUCUGAUGAUGAUGGCAUCGAGAGAUGGAUGCUAGACCAGAGUUUUCAGUUAGAGUCGUUUUUUGAGUCCAUCAAGUGUACAAUGGAACAUGUUGAACUAUAUAUUGUGGAUACCAUCAAUGGAUUCGUGUACUUCUCUACCGGUGAAACGUUCAACUCUGCUGACUCUCCGUCGUGGUUCCUAUCUUUAUGCAUGGAGACGGUGCAGGUGGACAAGCUCUUUCAGAAGCCGCUUGACAGCCAUGUCGUCCCCUACAUCAUGGCAUGGCCUCCAUCUUUGGAAGACAACAAGGCACAUCCUUGACUCCAAGGUGCUUGACAAAAUGUGGGCAAGACAGCGGAGCUGGGCAUGCUCUUUCAGAAAAUAUUUCGCACUUAUGGUCGGCCCUACAUCCUGGCGUGUUCUUGCUCUUUGCUAGAUAACAACGUGUACCCUUGACCUGAAGGUGCUCGACAUAUAUUGAAAAGGGAUCAUAAUGUUUUGUUCUUUGGCUGCUGUAUGGAAUGUGAAGUACUGGUGUUCUGAAGAAGAGAAAGGGACUUCCAUUUCUAUUCUAGACACGAUCAAAGUGGUCUAUCUACAUUUUGAAAGUUCCAUCAAAUGAUUGCUUGUGUUUUUUUUGUCUCAAUCAUGUCCAAGGACCAACAUUAGUACUACGCCCAUCUACUGUUUACAGCUCUAUAGUCUACAACUUGGAUGUAUUUCUGAAUUUGUUCAAGUAUUUACAUUUUACUUCUGUCUUUGAGACAGAAAGGUUCCACUUUAUAAUA